AUGGCAAAGAUAUUCCCAGGGCCCAGUCCAUUGUGCAAUCUCUUUGGCACUGCGCCAAAGAAGCCGACCCAAAAUGUUUUCUCUGAGCCUGAAUCGCCUCCCAAAACGAUCACGGACUAUCCCCAGCCUCGUGACAGUCCCUACGCAGGUCCUGUCAACCACAUCACAAUCGGCCGCACCACCUACGUCAUACCCGAAUACUACGUCCUCAAAAUCGCCAACUUGCCCAAAUUCGCCCACAUCAAGGAAUUCGCCCUCGAAGAAAUGUACGCCGACAUUGGACAUACCUUCAUCCAUUAUCUUUACACUGGGGAAUAUCAAACCCUCGCCACAUAUCCCAACGUAUCUACUUGCAAAGCCCGAGCUCGCGAAUUCAAACGCAGCGUAUACGCCUUCCACAUGGCUCAGCGACACCAGAUCCAGGGCCUGCUGGACCACGCACAGCGCUAUAUGCAUACCUUCGUCGACUCCGUGUCAACACUGGAACUACUCAAGAUUGCGCGGGAGGUGUAUGCUACUUUGUUCGUCGGUAGGAAGUGGUUUGAGGACUUUGUGUACGAUCAACUUGCUGCAGCGUUCAAAGCCGGCGAAGAACAGUUCAGAACCGAUAUUCUGAAGUAUGGUGUGGGAAGCAAUGCAAUGUUCGAUCAGUUUCUACUGGAACUCGUCUUGAAGAUCUACUCCGGGAGCAUUGCCAAAUUGACCCAGGCGACUACCAACGACCCAGCAGCCACCCGUGCUGCCUUCGUGUCCGACGAGGAUGCUUCUACUGAUCAAAGAACUCUUGUUUCUGACAGCAAUGACACCAAGGGCGACCCCGAAGCUAGCGUGGAUGGUUCGGAGGACGGUGUCAAGGAUUCUAAACCCGCAGACACCGUGCCAGAACAACCGGAAGACAAACCCAAAUCUCCAUCUCCUGCUCCAGCUUCACCUGUCUCAUUCACCUUCCGGUCGCCGCAGCCAGUGAGGUAUCAAAGCUUUGCACCGGAAUCAACCCCAUCAAAGACAGAGCCAAAAUCAGAGUUGGAACCCACACUAAAGGAAGAUUUAAAGCCUGCGACAUCUUCAAAGCCCGUUCCGGAAACAGCGGCCCCGGUUCAACCGGAGAAAGCUCCUCAGCAAGAGAAGACGACGCAGCCAGACGAAGAGAUACAGCCAGAGAAAGCCUCGUUCGAUAAGCCAGAUCCGAAUCCAAAAUUCACCCUACGAAGCAGAGCGCAGACACCAGAGGAUGCCCCCGGCGAUGAUUCGAGCCCCCGCAAGAAGUCAAAAAAGAAGAGAGGAGGCAAGAAGAAAUCCGGCAACUCGAGUACACCAUCGAAUCCUGUUACUGGCACACCCAAGCACUGGGGAGCGAAGACGGCGCCAGAAUCGAUUUCCUUCUUUAACAGUCACGAACCCUAG